AUGAAUGAAAUCCUGGACCCAGCAUCCCAGUCCAACCUGGGGGUCGUCUCGGCCACCUGCGUCUCCAAGGUGGAGCUCCGCGUCUGCUGCAAGCACCUGCUCGACCGGGACACCCUCAACAAGUCGGAUCCCUGUGUCGUCCUCCUCAUGCAGUCCCAAGGACAGUGGGCCGAGGUGGACAGAUCUGAGGUCAUCAAAAGCAGCCUGAACCCGGUCUUCGCCAAGGUGUUUAUGGUGGACUAUUACUUUGAGGAGGUGCAGAAGCUGCGCUUUGAAGUCUAUGACAUCCACGGGCACGGCGGCAGCGUGGGGACCCACGAUGAUGAUUUCCUGGGAGGCAUGGAGUGCACGGUGGGGCAGAUUGUGGCUCAAAAGCGGGUGAGCAAGCCGCUCUUUCUCAAGUAUGGGAAAUCCGCCGGCAAGUCCACCAUCACAGUGACCUCAGAAGAGAUCUCUGGAGACAACGGCUUUGUGGAACUGUUCUUUCGGGCAAAGAAGCUGGAUGACAAGGAUCUUUUCAGUAAGUCAGAUCCCUUUCUGGAGAUCUACCGGAUCAAUGAUGAUGAAAGUGAGCAGCUGGUACACCGGACUGAGUUUGUCAAGAACAACCUGAGCCCCAUCUGGGAACCCUUCAAAGUGUCCCUCAACUCCCUCUGCAGCUGUGAAGAGAAGCGGAAGCUGAGGUGUGUCGUCUUGGACUAUGACUCCCGAGGGAAGCACGACUUCAUUGGAGAGUUUUACACUACUUUUGAGGAGAUGCAGAAAGCCACAGGUGGCAACAAGAUCCAAUGGGACUGCAUGAAUCCCAAGUACAAACUGAAGAAGCGAAACUACCGAAAUUCGGGGGUGGUCAUUCUCCUGGACCUGAAGAUCCACAGGGUCUACUCUUUCCUGGAUUACAUCAUGGGCGGCUGCCAGAUCCACUUCACGGUGGCCAUUGACUUCACAGCCUCCAACGGGGACCCCCGAAACAGCUGCUCCCUGCACUACAUCAACCCUUAUCAGCCCAACGAAUACCUGAAGGCCCUGGUGGCCGUGGGGGAGAUUUGCCAGGACUACGACAGUGACAAGAAAUUCUCUGCCUUGGGCUUCGGAGCAAGGAUCCCCCCCAAUUAUGAAGUCUCCCACGAUUUUGCCAUUAACUUCAAUCCUGAAAACGAUGAGUGUGAAGGCAUCCAGGGGGUGGUGGAGUCCUACCAGAGUUGCUUGCCCAAGAUUCAGCUCUACGGCCCAACCAAUGUGGCGCCCAUCAUCUCCAAAGUCGCCAAAGUCGCCGCUAAUGAAGAAAAAACCCAGGAAGCUUCGCAAUACUUCAUCCUGCUGAUCUUGACUGACGGGGUUGUGACUGACAUGGCGGACACGCGGGAAGCCAUCGUCCGGGCCUCCUACUUGCCCAUGUCCAUCAUCAUUGUGGGGGUGGGCAACGCCGACUUCACGGACAUGCAGAUCUUGGAUGGGGAUGAUGGGAUCCUUCGUUCCCCCAAAGGCGAGCCUGUCAUGCGGGACAUUGUGCAGUUCGUCCCCUUCCGAGAGUUCAAGAAUGCUUCGCCCACUGCCCUGGCCAAGUGUGUGCUGGCAGAGGUGCCCAAGCAGGUGGUUGACUAUUACAGCUCCAAGGCCUUGCCCCCCCGUGGCCCCGAAGGGAGCGGCCCUGGCUCUGCUCUGAACUCGCCGCAGUGA